AUGCUUGGUUUAGGCUUGGGCUCUGACUAUCCUAAUUCUGAUCAAUACACAGUGGUGAUGGUUCAAGUUAUCGGUAAACAAAAAGGGUAUGAGUUGAACAUGUUUUCAUCAGAGGACACUGCAGGGGUACUAUGGCAAGGUUACCAAUUGACAACGGACUCGGCAAGUUUUGAAUAUUUCUUCAGUAAACCUGCUUACUUACAUCACACUUUGUAUUGGCUAAUGGCUGAUGGUUGUGUUCUCGCCUUUGAUACAAAGAAGAAAAGUGCUAGAAUUCUUAACAACUCUCUUCACGUCAUUAAGCACCUUCCAAAUGGAGAUAAUAGAAUCAGAAUAGGAUAUUAUACAUGGUUUGGGGUGGCUAAAGGAAAACUUCACCUCGUUUGUACCUUAAAGAAAUACAUUGUAGUUGUUGCGUAUGAUGAUAAAAUCCAAAAUUGGGAAGUUGUAUACACUGUGGCCAAUUUUCGCACUGGUUUAAACAUGAAUGGUCGUCCUUUAUGUCUUGACAACAAACGACUACUCUUUCUAGUAUAUCGAAGGUCAGAAGAUGGUGCUUUAUAUGAAUAUGAUUUUAAGACAGAAACGUAUAGAAUCCUCGUACUUGUACCUACUAAAUUUCUGGAACGUCAAGCUUUUGUACCUUUUGUUCCAACAUUAGCCAAGUUCUUUUCGAAUUUUGAUAUAAUUGAGUUUUGUUUCAUUCCAUUAUAUUUUACGGGAGAUGCGGUCAGUCCAGCAGGAGCGAUCAAGGGCCAGGCCAAGGGAAACCGCAGAAGCGGCCCAGUUUCUGCUGAAGCGGUUCCGCAGAAGCGGGACCCAGACCGCAGAAGCGGUCCCGGCAUUUUGGGCCAGGUUCGUAGAAGCGAUCCAAAUUCCGCAGAAGCGGUUUUCGCAGAAGCAGUCAGUGCACCGCAGAAGCGGAAAUAG